AUGGAGUUUCUCGCAGCAGGAGUUGGAGCUGGGCUCCUCAACUACAAUCGGAAGAACUUCAUGUUCGACAAGGAACAGUAUCGAGAACGCGCUUACUUCAGCCAAGAGAUGAAGGUGUCCAAAUACGAACUCUACCGGGAGGACAUCAAGGACUUGAUGGAUCUCACGGUGUCCAAGAUGGACGUGUACAUGGUGAUCAACGUCUUACAACUUCUGUUCUGCGUGAUGUUGUUCACGGAAGGAAUGCCAAAACCUCGAACGACUCCCUUGUGGUUGCACUGGAUUCUGGCUGCAAGCAGUGGUUCUGCCGUCCUGUACUUCGUGCUAAGCAUCUGGCUCGGCAUGCACGCAUCGAUCGCUGCACACUCCUUCGGCGUCAGACUGCUGACGCAGUUUGUUCGGUUGCCGGUGCCCAACUUGCAGCAGAUUCACACGGCUGCUGCCAAAGCCAAGGACUACGAAGCUCUCAGUUUAACCGACAUGCUUCGAAUCCCGGUGCUGCAGCAGCAGUUCAGGAAGCUCACUGCCACCUUGGGCAAUCUGUCGUUUGAAAACCGGGCCGAGGACACGACUGGCUUGGACGAUUCCUUCCUGCCGGAGGUGUACGUGCCUUCGCUGGAGGAGACAGCGGCAUUGCGGCCGUGCACUGAGACUGGUGCGCGUUUCGUGGCUUCCCGCUCCUUUGAUUGGAUGUUUUUCGUGAGCAGGCAUAUCCAGUUGUACAGAGAACUUCAAGCAAACUGGCAGGCAUGGGUAUUGUUUGCUCUGGUCUACUGA